CUUUGCAUGCUCUCUCUCUCUCUCUCUCUCUCUCUCUCUCUCUCAUAUUUUACUUGCAACUACACAUCGGAAAUAAAUCCCAUCACCAAACCUCGCAGCCUUCUUCUUCUUCUUCUUCUUCUUUUCUCCUUACGUAUCCCCUCCUCUUCGACAGCCGUCCUCUUUAAUCCUUUGCCUGCCUCCCAAAUCUCUACUUUUUUAGCGCCCAACUGGCUGUUAUACUUCAGAUUUCGGUCCCUUGAUUCCGCCCAGCUCUGAUUUGAUCACUCGAGCUUGCUGAUUUCGCGCUGGCCCAAGUCAAAUAUGGGUCAAAAGAUUUGCAUGAACGCGUCCUGUGCGACGACCAACACCGUCGAGUGGAAGAAAGGCUGGCCUCUCCGUGCCGGUGGCGUCGCUGAUCUCUGCUUUCGUUGCGGAUCCGCCUACGAGAGUUCACUCUUCUGCGAUACAUUCCAUAAGGAACAAUCUGGUUGGAGGGAAUGCUUUUUGUGUCACAAGCGUCUUCACUGUGGAUGCAUCGCUUCCAAGCUCAUGGUCGAGCUCCUGGACUUUGGGGGCGUUGGUUGUACUAACUGCUCUAGCUGUUACAGUAGCAGCUUGAAUAAGAGAAGUGAAAGCCAGGAUUUACUUGGCAGAUUAACUAUGAUGCUAGCUGAGAGGCAACCCCCCAAUGGAGAAAGUGGAAUUCUUGGUAAUAACAUUGACAGUGGAAGACUAUCACAGUUGUGCCAGGUUGUGGAGGCUAAUGAACCUGACCGCUUUCCUCAGUCUCAAAGAGGUGAUCCUAAAACGCUCCUUGGUGGAGACAAAAGAGAAGAGUUCAUGCCUCAACCUGAACUCGGUAAACUUUUUAAACCAGAGAGUACUAAGUCUGUGAUGGAGACCAGGGAUAUGCAGGAAUCACUUUCGCAGCCAUCUUUGAGUAUGUCUUUGGCAGUAACUCCCUCUGGCCCUCCUUUUCCUAGUGGGGUUGUUGAGGGAAAGAAACAGAGCAAUGUUACUCGAUCUCCAACAGUGCAGAGCUCUUGCUCUGUGUUGCCAAAACCCUCAAAAUCUGCUGUUUCAACUCCUGGAACUAGCAAAGCGGCUUCUUGUCCAUUGCGGAGUGCAAGGCCACCUGUUGAAGGGCGUGGGAGAAACCACUUGCUUCCUCGUUAUUGGCCAAGAAUUACUGAUCAGGAGCUUCAGCAGAUAUCUGGGAACUUGAAUUCAAAAAUUGUUCCCCUCUUCGAGAAGACUCUCAGUGCCAGUGAUGCUGGUCGCAUUGGUCGUCUAGUUCUUCCAAAAGCAUGUGCGGAGGCGUAUUUCCCUUCCAUCCACCAAUCAGAAGGCAUUCCUUUGAAAAUUCAAGAUGUGAAGGGUAAAGAAUGGACGUUCCAGUUCAGGUUUUGGCCCAAUAACAAUAGUAGGAUGUAUGUCUUAGAAGGCGUUACCCCCUGCAUACAGUCCAUGCAACUACAGGCUGGUGAUACUGUAACCUUCAGUCGGAUAGAUCCUGGCGGUAAACUUGUUCUGGGUUUCAGAAAGACAGCCUGUGGAGGGGAGCAACAGGGUUCUGGUCUCACAAAUGGCACUUCAGCUGAGGAUACCUCAUCAUCUGGUGUUACAGAGAAUCCGUCCUCCAUAAAUGAUCCUGCAGGUCCCUUACAAAUGCCAAAAGAAAUGAAGGGUCUUCCUGAACAUUUGAGUUCACCCGAUGGUGAGAUUAGCUUGCAGAAAAACAAGAAUAAUGGAGUCAGAACCGGCGAUGGUUCGCCACAGAUCAAAGAGAAAAAGAGGACUCGAAACAUUGGGACAAAAAACAAGAGACUGCUUUUGCAUAAUGAAGAAUCUAUGGAGCUGAGACUCACAUGGGAAGAAGCUCAAGAUUUGCUUCGUCCCUCUCCCAGUGCAAAACCUACCAUUGUCACCAUUGAGGAUAACGAAUUUGAAGAAUAUGAUGAACCCCCUGUGUUUGGAAAGAAGACUGUAUUCACUUCACGGCCUUCUGGUGGACAAGAACAAUGGGCACAGUGUGACGAUUGCUCUAAAUGGAGAAGGUUACCAUUAGAUGCCCUCCUUCCUUCAAGGUGGACAUGCUCAGACAAUGUUUGGGACCUGGACAGGUGUUCAUGUUCUGUGCCAGAGAAGAAUCUGAAGGAACUGGAGAGUUUUCUCGGAGUAGGAAGAGAGACCAAGAAGCAGAGAAGCGGGGAAAAGCAGAGAGAAGGGAGGAAGGAGGAAGCGUCAGGGUUGGAAGCACUUGCAAGUGCGGCGGCCUUAGGAGACAGCAUAGGGGACGGCAGCCGAGGAGCGGCAGUUGCAGUUGCAGUUGCGACAACGACAAGACAUCCAAGGCACAGGGAAGGGUGCAGUUGUAUAGUUUGCAUUCAGCCGCCGAGCGGGAAAGGAAAGCACAAGCCCACCUGCUGCUGCAACGUGUGCAUGACUGUGAAGAGACGGUUCAGGACAUUGAUGCUGAGGAAGAAGAAGAAGCAGCAGCAGCUGGAUCUCCGAGGGAAAGAGGAAGAAGAAGAAGAAGAAGAAGAAGCCCAGAAGGCAGAGCCGGACAAGAACAAGCCAGGGAAAGAAGGAUCCACCAGUGGUCGGAUAGAUCUGAAUAGCGAUCCUUACAACAAAGAGGGAGUGGGAAUUCCCUUGCGGGAGAAAGAAGAUGAGGCCGUGGAAAGCCGUGGGAAUGGUCGAGGAGGUUUGUUAGGAGGAGUGGCCGAUCAAGAAAACAGAAGCAAAGAGUGACAGUGUCCUUUUUGGUUUCUUCAUCUUGAGUUAAUUGUAAGGAGGUUGAAAUUUUUGAAGGGAUUGUGCCACUGUGGUGGAGGGAGGCAGUCUGAGUUUUGUUUUUUUAUGUUGUCCUCUGCAAGCAAAAUCUUUGACUUGGGUGAGCUUUUUUCUUCUUUCUUUCUUUUUUUUGCAUAACGAAGGGUGAGAUUUUGGUGACUUUGAUUAGGAGAUUAAUUAAGAGAAGAGAGAGAUUCGGUUGUCA